AUGGAAGACGACGCAUUCGAUCUCUAUGGAGAAGAAGGCUUCGGAGCUAAUGAAGGCACUCACGAUGAUUUGUAUGAUGAGAUAUUAGGAGACGAAGAUGAUCGCCCGACGAAACGUCGCCGUGAAAACGAGUUUGAUUAUAAUAAUAACGCCAAUAAUAAUUUUGGAGAGGUGGACACAAAGGAAUUUGAGAUCAAAGAGGAAGAAGUGACUUCGUCUAUAAACGCUGUUGAAGGCGAAUCAAGAGUAGAGCGACGCGGAAUAUCUCCUGCGGCGGUCAAUUUUCAGGCUUCAUUGUCAAUUGAACAUAAGGUGCAAUCGAAUGCAACAAAAGCCUUAUAUCUGGGUGAACUCAAUUGGUGGACAACUGAUGAAGAUCUUCGAACAAUUGCUCGAGAUGCUGGAGUGACUAAUGAAUUGAAGGAGAUCACAUUCUAUGAGCACAAAGUCAAUGGAAAAUCAAGAGGUGUUGCUUACGUCGAAUUCACUUCACCGGAAGCCGCAUCAAAAGUCAAAGAAAGAUUGGAAACCAUAGAAGUAACUGGAAAGAAAUGUGUCGUGAAUUUCACAAGUGCCGAUAAUGGGAAUCCUUUCAAAACUGUUCCUAAAGAACCACCGCCAAAGGUAACCCGACAGGCACAUCAAACACAAUCGUCAGCUGCUUCCUCAGUGAGCAGAGGAACGGCCAGUUUACCUGCUCGUCCGUCUGCAGUACGUCCUCCCGGUUUCGAAUUCAAUCGUGGAAAUUUUCGUCCUAAUCCGAUGGCACCAGGCCCUCGAGAUUUUUUCCCACCUCCCAUUUCGCCUUAUGGAGCUUUUCCGGGUAAUCGUGGAUAUAUGAACGGAUUUGGCGGUACUCCGGAUCCUUCUUUUGCUCCCAUGAAUCCUAUGAUGGGGCGAGGUGGAAUGAUGGGCAUGCGCGGACAACCAGGACCCUUACGUCGUGGUAUGAUGCCUGGACGAGGUGCUAUGCGUGGCGUCUAUGGAGAAGAAUUUAUGGGAGGAUUUGGUGGUGGUGCGUUUGCUCUUAAUGAUGCUCCGACAGGUCCUGGAUUUCCUGCACCACAUUUCAAUCCAGCAUUCUUUCCUGAACAAGGCUACGUCAAUGAAGAGGUUCCUGUAGCACCACGAGGUCAAAGAGUUUAUGAUGUACCACAUGGAAUGAAGAGACCUCGAGAAGAGGAGGAUCACACUCAUAUGGACACACGAGUAAAACAACAACCACAAAGCAUCAAAGCCCACCGAUCAUCACAGAUAUUUCCAUGUCUGAAGUGA